GAAGUUAAGUCUAUGUAACAAUUUUACGUUGAAUUAUCUGUAGAAGAAAGUUGUAUGGAAUUUUUGUUUUUUGUAUUGUUUUUCACUUGACCAUGUCGUCAUCUUUUUGCGACCGCUCUUGUUCCUUUCCAGGAAGUUAAAUUGAAAGGAGAGUGUUACUGCUAAGAAGAACGGGACACGAUGUCGGGAAGUUUUUAUUUCGUCAUGGUUGGUCAUCAUGACAAUCCUGUGUUUGAGAUGGAGUUUCUGCCAGCUGGGAAGCCUGAAUCAAAGGAUGACCACCGCCACCUGAACCAGUUUAUUGCACAUGCAGCACUGGAUUUGGUGGAUGAAAACAUGUGGCUGUCCAACAAUAUGUAUCUGAAGACUGUGGACAAGUUCAACGAGUGGUUUGUGUCUGCCUUUGUCACUGCAGGUCAUACAAGAUUCCUCAUGCUGCAUGAUGUGCGACAAGAAGAUGGCAUCAAAAACUUCUUCAAUGAUGUUUAUGAUUUAUACAUAAAGGCAAGUUUUCUUCCAAGAUUUGAUAACUUUGUAUGUGGUAACAUACGGAGUAAUUUUUUUAGUCAUUGAUUGAAUCAUGUAUUCUCUUUCAGUUUGCAAUGAAUCCAUUCUAUGAAAUCAACGCACCAAUCCGCUCAACAGCUUUUGAGAGGAAAGUACAGUUUCUUGGAAAGAAACAUCUCCUGAAUUAAUCACUCAACAUGCACAAAAAUGUUGAUGCAUCGUGUCUGUCUGCUGAGUAUAUCAUUUUAUACUUGCUUGUUAUGUCUGUCUUUACUGUUUGACAAAUGUUGUAAAUAUUUACCACAUGUGAAUUUAAUAUUAAAAUUAAUCUUUCCUUUAGAUCUUAA